AUGGGUUGGUUUGGGGGCAAUAGCAAGAACGAUCCUGUUCAGAAGCUCGAUCCAGGGCUUCGGGACUAUCUCGAGCAAGAAAAACCCGACAAAUAUGUCCCCGGCCCCAAUGUGAAGCCGCCACCGUCGACCUCCGAACAACAGCCCGAGCCUUCUGAUCCCUCAAAACCCAAAGUUCCUGCAGCUUCACUGUACCAGGAUGGCCGCUAUGCCGAUCUAUGGAAAACCUACAAACCGCCUGCGGUGGAUGACGGCGAACAAGUCGGAAUCCGCGGGGCGUCACGAGUGAUUGAAAAGCACAAGGAGCACGGCGACACCGUGCAACGGGCCGCAAUGGAGAAUUGUGCCUUGGAACAUGAAGCUUUGACAUACUGCUUCCAGACCGGCAACUGGCGCAAACAAAUAGAGGCCCGGUUGACCUUGUGCUCCGCCGAAAACAGUACCUUCUCCCGAUGCUUUAUGACCCAGACGAAAUUCCUCCAAGCCCUCGGCUAUGCGGCGAGCUUCGACCAGGACGCCGAAAAGGAGGAGCGGAUCCAGCUGCAUGCUGAUAAGCUCUACCACCAGAUGCUAGACUACGAAAAACGAAUCGAAGAAGCCAAGGCCGCCGGCACUGAAGCGCCGCCUCUUGCCUCACUCUUCAACCCAGAGAAGCAAACAAAUGCCCAACAAAAUCAAGGCAUGGAGAUCCCGGGAGGCGAAGCUAUUCCAGCAGGAUUCAAGCCAUCCAAGCCCCUUCAAAAACUCACACCGCACGAGCGGGAGCUGGAGAUCCGGGCACACAAUGCACAGCUGGAGCAACAGAGGCUAUAUGUGGAGGAGGCUACCCCGUUCAUGAAAUCCCAGGAUGACGCUCGACAGAAGCGACAAGAAAAGGCUGUCAGCUGGUUUGGCGAGACUCUUGGCAAAUGGCUGUCUUAG